CUCCUGAGGUAAUGGUAACCUCAGCCUCCUCCCCCUCCUCCUGCCCAAAGAGAGGGAGAGAGAGAAAACUUGUUUUCAUUCAUAACUUUUUCCUUUUCCUUCCUCUCCGUCAACUAUUUAUUCACCGCUUCUCCCAGCUCGGAUUGCAGAGGGCGCAGCUCCACCGUCGUAACUUGCAGUGUGGCGACGCUUCUCUGCUGCCCCUGCCCCCGGCUCAUUUCUUCCCGGCUCUUUAGGAAUCCGGCUUUUCCUUUAAAGUGUAGACAGAUCUUUAUUUCUGACUCUCCAUGCCUUGGGCUUGCUUUUGGCGCCUGCAUUAGCUCUCAAGGCUCUCCGCGACCUGUAAGAAAUCUUGGCGAGAUGCGCAAAAAUGGGUCGGAAAUCCACGGUGAUCCUUAGGAUGUGAUGGGACUGUACGAGAAGGAUUUCAGAUGCAUGCCAGGUUUCCACUGAUUGCCAGAAUUCGCGAUCACUACACAUGGAUCCCCAAAAUCAGCAUGGCAGUGGCAGUUCAUUAGUUGUGAUCCAGCAGCCUACAUUGGAUAGCCGUCAGAGGUUAGACUAUGAGAGAGAAAUUCAGCCUGCUGCUAUUUUGUCUUUAGACCAGAUCAAGGCCAUCAGAGGCAGCAAUGAAUACACAGAAGGGCCAUCAGUGGUGAAAAGACCUGCGCCUCGAACAGCACCAAGACAAGAAAAGCAUGAAAGGACUCACGAAAUCAUACCAAUUAAUGUGAAUAACAACUAUGAACACAGACCUACAAGCCACCUGGGACAUGCAGGACUCUUAAAUAAUGCCCGAGGCCCCAUUUUGAGCAGAUCGACCAGCACUGGAAGUGCAGCCAGUUCUGGGAGCAACAGCAGUGCCUCUUCAGAGCAGGGACUGUUAGGAAGGUCACCACCAACCAGACCUGUGCCUGGCCAUAGGUCUGAAAGGGCAAUCCGGACCCAGCCUAAGCAACUGAUUGUUGAUGACUUGAAGGGUUCCUUGAAAGAGGACCUGACACAGCACAAGUUUAUUUGUGAACAGUGUGGGAAGUGCAAGUGUGGAGAAUGCACAGCUCCCAGGACCCUGCCAUCCUGUUUGGCCUGCAAUCGUCAGUGCCUUUGCUCUGCCGAGAGUAUGGUGGAAUAUGGAACCUGCAUGUGCUUAGUCAAGGGCAUCUUCUACCACUGCUCCAAUGACGAUGAAGGGGAUUCUUAUUCGGAUAAUCCUUGCUCCUGUUCACAGUCCCACUGCUGCUCUAGGUACCUGUGUAUGGGAGCCAUGUCUCUAUUUUUACCUUGCUUACUCUGUUACCCUCCUGCUAAGGGAUGCCUGAAGCUUUGCAGGGGGUGUUAUGACUGGAUCCAUCGCCCAGGAUGCAGAUGUAAGAACUCCAACACUGUCUAUUGUAAGCUGGAGAGCUGCCCCUCCAGGGGUCAGGGUAAACCAUCAUGAUUUCUGGAAAUGCGUUGGACCUCCUGAACUUCUGGCUUUCAAGCUGUGGCUGUUAAAAAGAUUCUAUGACAUACUGGUUUUAUUUUCUCUACAAUUUUCCCACCUUUCUUCCCCUGUUCCUAAGGUUUGACUCAUGGAUCUUACUCUUCUGUAAUGGAUGAUCUUCAGUAAGAGUGGACUGUGAAACUGCACCUGGCUCCCACUUAUGACAAGAGCCUCUGCCAUCCACGCAGGAGGGUAUUGAGAGCCAGUGGGCUUUUGUGUAGCCGUUUUGUUCUGCAAGCAACUUUUCAAAAAGUUGUUGUAUAAAUGAACAUAUCCACACACAUACCCAGUCAAUCUGCAGUGAUUUAGAGCUGUUUUUGAUUGGGUACUCUGGGAGCAGGGAAACUGGUUUUUAAAGAAACAACAUUUUUAUUGCUUAAUUAAGCUAUGUGUUAAGUUUGUCUCCAGUAGGGCUGUCUUCAUAGCAUUGGCCCCUUAAGAAGCAUGGGGGGAUAUGUUUUUGUUAUAACAUAAAAAUUUUCGUUUAACCACUGCCCUCUCCUUGCCCCUCAAAGUUCUUUCUCCUCAGUUUUUUUUUUUUCUGGAGAUGCCAGGUAUUUUUCUUUUCCUAUGUAAUUUUAGAUUUGCUUUACAAUAUAAAUCUUCACAUUGGAGAUAAAUUGGUUGUUUCUUGCUCAUCUUUAUUCUAGCUUUCAUGUUUGUGAAGGACUCAACUACCUUCCUGCCACACCCCACACUUUUUACCAAAUUUCUCGUCAUUGAGGGCACUUGGAUAACUGAAGUUGAUAUUUACAGCUGAUCAAUCUAUAGGUGUCACAGAACUAUGCUGCCUAAAGUGAUCUUGGCCCUUUAAUGGUCCUUUUGGCCCUUUGGUUAGCUAACAGCUGGGUAAUUCUAAUUUUUUCUGUGUUUUCAUUGCCUUAACCACAAAUUGUGGUGCUUUUUGUAUAUUUUAUGUAUAAAUCACAAAGUUGAAUUCUGACUAUUUUUAAGACAAAAGUCUGUUAAACUUUUUUAUUGUAAAGAAUAUUUAUUAUGCGAAUCUAUUAUUUUAUGAUAUUUAUUGCAAAAGACUGUUGAAAUGUACUCAUGUCUGAAUAUAACAAAAUAUCAAUACGUAACGGAAAGUAAGGUGACACGAAGAAAGUACCUAUGUUAACUAUAAUGCAGAAAAUAUAUUAAUUAAUGAAA